UCUGACACUAUCCCCGCCCCAAUACGGAAGCGGCGGGGUACUCGGGACCCUACAGCGGGUGGGUCCAGGCCAUGGGGCAGCCCAGGGCGGUGGGGAGCGCGGACGGGCCGCCCACGCGGCUGCCCCUCGUGCUCACCGCGCUGUGGGCGACGGCGGUGGGUCUGGAGCUGGCCUACGUGCUUGUGCUGGGUCCUGGGCCGCCCCCGCUGGGACCCCUGGCCCGGGCCUGCCAGCUGGCGCUGGCCGCCUUCCAGCUGCUUAACCUGCUGGGCAACGUGGGGCUCUUCCUGUGUUCGGAUCCCAGCAUCCGGGGCGUGAUGCUGGCCGGCCACGGCCUAGGCCAGGGCUGGGCUUACUGCUACCAGUGCCAGAGCCAGGUGCCGCCACGCAGCGGACAUUGCUCUGCCUGCCGCGUCUGCAUCCUGCGUCGGGAUCACCAUUGCCGCCUGCUGGGCCGCUGCGUGGGCUUUCACAACUACCGGCCCUUCCUGUGCCUGCUGCUUCAUGGCGCGGGCGUCCUGCUCCACGUCUCUGUGCUGCUGGGCCCUGCCCUGGCAGCUCUGCUGCAAGCCCACACGCCUCUCCACACCGCUGCCCUCCUCCUGCUGCCCUGGCUCAUGCUGCUCACAGGCAGAGUGUCUCUGGCGCAGUUCGCGCUGGCCUUCGUGACGGACACGUGCGUGGCGGGUGCCCUGUUCUGCGGGGCUGGGCUGCUCUUCCAUGGGAUGCUGCUGCUUCGGGGCCAGACCACCUGGGAAUGGGCGCGGGGCCAGCACCUUUAUGACCUGGGCCCCUGCCACAACCUGCAGGCAGCCCUGGGGCCCCGCUGGGUCCUUGUCUGGCUCUGGCCCUUUCUGGCCUCCCCGUUGCCUGGGGACGGGAUCACCUUCCAGACCACAGCUGAUGUGGGACUGGUGGCUUCCUGACUCCAGGAAGAGCCAGAGCUGUACAGGGAGGGAGGAGGGGUGAAGGGGCUCAUAAUUCAUUUCAGACCCACCCCCGGCCUCAGGAGGAGAGGCAGGUUGGUACUAAAUGUCUGCUUUCAGCAACUCCAGCCCCAUCCUUGGCCUUGCCCCUGCCCAGCUUGGACUCAGUCUCCAGGGCGUGGGCCCUGUGAGUCUGCCUCUAUCAGUGGCCCCCGAGUGCAAUGGAGGGUCUGGCAAGGGACUGCUUGGCCAACCUAGCUGCCCCUUUGCCAGAUUAAUAAAGCACCCACUUGGUUCUUGGAUUCCCUCCAGCUUUGUGGGUUUCUGGUCCCGCACUGUUGCCCGGCUGCUGUUUCAGGUUCCUCUGAUCACGUCUGGGAACCACUGAACACCUGAGGAGCCAGGGCUCUGCCUCUGUGGCCGUGGUGGGAUGGGGUGGGAGCACCAGUGGCCAAGGUGGCAUGUAUUGAUCCAGGGCAUGAGCAUCUAAAAUUCUGUUUUUCUUCCUCACCCAAGAAUAUUUUCCCAUUGAUUUUUAGAGUGGGAGACAGAGAGAGAAACAUCAAUGUGAGAGAGACAUAUCGAUCGGUUGCCUCCUGCACGCGCCCCAACUAGGGCCCAGGCCAGGGAGGAGCCUGCAACUUGAGGUAUGAGCCCUUGGCCAGGAUCAAACCCAGGACCCUUCAGUCCGCAGGCUGAUGCUCUGUCCACUGAGCCAAACUGGCCAGGGCACAUUUAAAAUAUUUUCCCAGGUUCAUUGCUUUAGAGUUAGUAUUCCCACAUCAGCAAUUUCAUUGAACCUCUCUCUAGCUAACCUGAUCCACUGAACAGCAAUUAUGUGGGUAGAAAACUUAAGGCUCUGAGAGUUGAUGUGAUAAGUUCAUGGGGUAGUAAAUGGAGGAGUCAGAAUUUGAACCCAGAUCUUUGUGCUUUCUCCUUCAAGCAUCUGUGACAGGUCGUGCUGACAGGGCUACACUCCUCUUGGGACUGUUCAGGAGCUACUUACUAAACCUUUUCAUUUAAAUCUAGUAACUAAUUAAAUGUGACAGGUUUUAAGCACAUCAAUGUACCUCUUUCCUCUUCAAAUCUGAAGUGAUAGUAAAGAAAAAAUAUAUGUUUACAAGGAGAAAGAAAAUAGGAAGGAGACAGCAGUAGACCAGAGAGCCUGGAGUUUUAAAAGAUGGAAGUGAGUGGAGGUUCAUUUACUCUCUUGGCAGAGAAGUAGAGAAUGAAAUUGUGUUCCCAGAGGGAGGGGCCGAGAGGCAGCCAAGUUGCCUCCCAGGACCUGCAGAUGCUCAGGAAUUCCAUGAGCACGUGGAAGGCGAGGCCUGGGGCUGACACAGGAGGGCUGACCCAGUCUGUGAGGGGCAGCUGGGAUGCCUCGCCCCCAGUGCCCACCCCACCCCCGACAAUCAAGCAGCCACCCUUCCGGGGUGGGAGAGGGGCUGUUUGAGAAGCUUUAUGUCUCAGGGGCACGGAGAGAAUAGGGAUGAGGCCGGACCAAAAAUGGGGUGAAGUGAACGUCUACAGAUGCUGCUUGCGAGGGUGCUCUCCGGUGACAUGGGCACUGCAAACCCCCUGUUCCCUCCUCUGUUUACCCCUCCUCCAGAGUAUCUUGUGUGUGUGUGUGUGUGUGUGAGGUUUUUUUAGUUAAAAAGGAGAUGCAAGAAAAUAUUUAUAAAGAGAAACAACACCCUCCCACCCAACUUAAGAAAUGGAUACCAUUUCCUUUGACGUCCCUAUGGUGCCCCUCCCUGGUAGAGGACACACUACUGUCUUAAUCACUCUCUGGCUUUGCUUUGUAAUUUUAUUACAUUUGUAUUGGUUUUGCGUGUUUUGAAUUUUAUAUAAAUGGAACUGUACCAUGUUUAUUCUUCUGUGACUUGCUUUUUCACUCAUUGUUUCUGAGAUUUGUCUAAAUGAGUGCAGCUGUAGGGCAUUCCUUCUCCUUGCUGUAUGGUGACCCUUUGAAUAUACCACAAUUUAUUUUUCUAUUUUGCCCCACUGUGUAUGAUCCCCUAUGAUCUAUUCUUGGUCCUUGUGCUUCAUGUAGAUUUUAGAAUCAGCUUAUCAAGUUCCAACAGUACAAACCUCUUUGAGAUUGUGAAUGGAACCCACUGAAUCUAUAGAUCAGUUUUGGGGAAAUCAACAUCUGCAUGAAAUUGAAUUUUCCAGUUAAUUCCAUUUGAUCUGAUAGCAGACAUUGUAUGAUUUCAUUAUUUUAAGUUUGUGAAUGUGUUUUCUGUGGCUCAGAAUGUGGUCUCUCUCAGUGAAUGUCCAUGUACUUCAGGAAAAUGUGUAUUCUGCUCAGUGGAAGCAGUCUAGAGAUGUUGGUUAUAUCCAGUUGACUGAUGGUGGUGUUGAGCUCCUUGAAAAGACACCACGAUCAAAGAUUGAACAGAGGACAAAAAGAGUUGAGAAAAUAAUAGCAUUUUAAAAAUAAUUUCAGUGAAGAGCUGGAAGAUAAAAA